GGAGUGGCGCGAAAAAGAAAGACGCCAGUGAGGACUUGGCACGUUUUAUCAUCAUUUUCUCUCUCUAGACACUCUUCACCAGCUCUCCUCUGCCGCACCGAGAACCGUCCCUGAGACCGCUAAUCGUAUCCAAACUUUUUUCGCCCUGCAUUUCCUCGAUCGGGCAGUCGUUGGCGUGUACAGUUGCGUGCCUCCCUCAUGCCGCUGUUGCACAAGAAGCCGUUCACGCCCGAGCGCCCGCCGCGGGAUCUACGGCCGGAGGAAGAGGUGUUCCUGUGCAAGGCCACUCAAGAGGUGUUCAGGGACUACGAGCAGUUCUUCAACCGGCAUUUCCUCUGCAACAGCUACGUGUGGACCUGUUCUCUGACAGGACAGGCCAGCCUCACCUACACCCAGGCAGCUGCCAGUGAGGAAGAAGCCAGGCAGCUCCUGGACGCCUUCUCCCAGUGCUACCAGAGAGCUGUUCUGCAGCUGGUUCACCAUGUCCCCCGCACCAACAUCCGCUCCCUGGCAGACGAACUACUCCUCUUCCUCAAGGAGAGGUUUGUUGAGGGAGAGAUCGUGCAGCUGAGUCAGGUCACCUCCAGUGGAGCCAAAGUGUUGUGGGUGGUCAAGGUUGCCAAGGUGAUUCCUCCGGACCCCACCUCUCCUGUCCGGGUAUCAGUCAUUUCUCUCCCUCCCUCCGAGACCGCCACCCAAAAUGGAGUCGGCCCCUCUCAUCCACUCAAUAACGGAUUGUCCGACUCUCCCCCAGGGACCAAUCCCGGGGGGUCUUCCUCUCCGAAAUGUUUCAAGACCCCCAAGACACCGACCCCGCGAGUUCCGCUCACCCCCCAGGCCCACCUCUCCCCCUCUGCCUACAAGUAUGUGGUGGAGAUGGUGGAUGAACCGCACACGGCACUCACUGUCCCCAGCAAACAGCUGACUCGACCAAAGGGCCAGCUCAAUCCCAAGAAACUGAAGCUGUUUUUGAGGAAUGCUCUCACCAGACUCAGUGAGAAACAUCCGUUCAGAGUGAAGGAGGUGUAUGUCAAGCAGUUUGACCUGGGACCGUCUUCUGUCCCAGUGGACACUCUCCCAAGCCCCUCCCCCUUUGCCCGCUCGUCUCGCAAGCGAUCUCUCUCCCAGGCCAGCCUCGACUCAUUUCUCUCUCCCACUGGCACCGCUCCGUCCAAAAGGUCGCGACCUUCCUCCCUCGACACCUCCACACCCAGUGGAGGCAAGGCCAAGAAGAAGAAGACUAAGACGAGACGGAAAUCGUCAGGCAAAUCCAAGACCCCCAGUUCAGGGGGUCUGAAAUACAGCAGGGGGACCCCCAAGGUCUCGGGAACCCCUCGCAGUCAGAGCGAGGCUCUCAAGGUGUUGAACAAGGCGAAAAAGUUCCGCCAGAUGGACCUGAAGAAGAGUGUGGUGAGGAAGGCGGGGCUGAGUGAGGAGGAGGUGGCUGAGCUGACCAGGAGGGCAGAGGAGGAGAGACGGCGGUGGCUGGAGGUGUGGGAGGAGGAGAAGAGGAGGAGGAGGGAGGAGAGGAGCGAGAAACUGCGACGACUCCAGGAGCAGAAGAGGCUGGAGAAACUGCGGCAGACAGAGAUGAUGAGACCGCGAGAAGACACCUUGGUCACUGACAGCAAGCCGCUGCCUCCUGCCAGAGAGGUGAUGUGUCGACUGCCGGCUGAGCUGUUUGGUGAGGCUGUGGUGGUCCUGGAGUUCCUGCACUCCUUUGGUCCUCUGUUCAACAUCAGAGAAGUCAUCAGAGAGGGCAUCACCUUUGAUAAGCUGGAGCGUUGUCUGAUGAGGAGCGAUACAGACACCAUUCUGUUUGACCUGGUGAGGUUCCUGGUCCAGGCGGUGCUGGCCGCCAUGGAAGACGACCACGAGAACAUUGUCAGAGUGAGAAACCUUGUGUCCGCCGGGCAGCAAGACGGGGAGGCGGAGGAGGGGAGGGCGGAGGAAAUGGAGGAGGGGGAAGAGGGGGAGGAUGAGACCGAGCCACUGGACGUCAAGGUUGAGAGUAUUUGUGGGUCGUCUGUGGGAUUUGCUCAGUGGUCCUGGCAGACUCAACGUCUCCCGCUGAGUCAGCUGGUGGUGGACCCCUACACCUGCACCGAGGUACUCCGACUCCAUCUCCUCUCCUCCGGGGGAUACUCCGAGACAGCAACUCGCAAGAGGUGCCGCAGCUAUCGACGUGGAGGGUACAGCGACGGGGACAACCCUGCGAUAUAUCUUCGUCUGCGACGACCGGAUCUCCUGACGGCUCUCAGUCGCGGUUCCAUCUACGAUGUGUCGCCAGAGGAUAAGCUGGAGCUGCUGUUGACGCUCUGUGGACAGCUGCUGACUUCCUCAGUGGCUAGGGAGCGUGUGGAGGAGAGUGCGGUGCAGGUGAAGAGAGCCAGACGAAGAAUGAGGCAGAUUCAGUUUGAGGAGGAGAGGAGGAAGAGGGAGUCCAGGCAGCAGAAGGCCAGGGAGAAGAAGGAGAAGAACAAGAAACUACUCUUGGGGGGAGGGACCAGUGCCUCUGGUACCCCACUGACUGGAGCUGGUGAGACCUCAGACCAGAGACAGGAGGAGGCAACAGGGCCUGCCGCCACCGUGGAGGCAGGGGAGAGGCAGACAGAGGGAACUGAGGCUGGGCAGGGGCCUCAGGAGACGGAGGAGGAGAGGAAGGAGAGGGUGGAGGCAGAGCUGGCGAGGCUGCGAGAGGAGCUGAAGGAGGCCGGGAGUUGCGUUAGUCUCCAGCCACUCGGGUCUGACAGACAUCACAGCCGCUACUGGCUCUUCCCCAAUCUCCCAGGACUCCAUGUUGAGGACCUGGGGCUCUCCAGGACUCCAGAUCCUCCUCCUGCAGCCAACAUUAACAUCCCUGCUCCCUCCACCUUCAUCGAUAACCCCACUCCAACACUUCAGCCAACCACACCCACUCCCCGCCCACCAUCUCCGGAUCACAAGUCCGUCGGAGGUUCCCCUCGUAGAGUGGGUGGAGUAAGAGGCGGGGUCAGGUGGUGUUGCUACAACUCCGAGGAAGAAGUGGAAGGACUGCUCGUGGCUCUCGAUGUAAGAGGAGUGAGGGAAAGAGCUCUGAAGGAAGCUCUGGCUCUCCACAAGCCAGCCCUGCUCUCCAGUCUCCAAAAGAUGGAACAGAGGAUCAAGCUCCGCCCAUCGCCAACGAGUUUGCAGGCCUACAGCAGCGGUGACCAGUACCUGGAGCUCUACCUGCGAGAACAGAUCUUAGACGCCGAGGAGAAGAUUCACCUCGGUAAUCUGGGGCAUCUGCGGGGGGAUGAGGGGAGGGAGGAGUGGAGAGAGCGGAUCGAGAACUCUGGUGCUGCUGCCAAACUGAUUGCCUGGAGGGAGAAGAAGGAGGGAGGGGAGGGAGAGGAGAAGGAAACAGAAGUUGCCAGGCCGACAUCUGGCAGUCCAGCAUCUCGUGUUAACCCCUCGGUGCAGGCUCUGUCGCAGGCCCUGCUGGAGGUGGAGGCUGGGAUUGAGCAGAAGUUCCUGAUGCCUCCUCUGGGGGCUGCGAUCGACAGCAAGCAGAGGAGACUCCGCAGCAGCUCCAAGAAAGAGGCGGUGAAGGAGACUGACGUGUGUCGGGAGCAGUGGCGUGCCUCUCUCUCCCAGGUCACCAGCUUCUCUCAGAUCUUUCUCCACCUCGCCACGCUGGAGAGGGCCAUCAUGUGGAGUCGCUCCCUCAUGAAUGUCCGCUGUCGGAUCUGUCGCAGGAAGGGCGGAGACGAGUACAUGUUACUGUGUGACGGCUGCGACCAUGGUUACCAUACCUACUGCCUGAAGCCCCCGCUCCAGCAGGUCCCUGAGGGAGACUGGUUCUGCAGAGACUGCUCGCCCAUCACACCAGUCAAACCACGGAAGAGGACCCAGCAAGUUACCUUUCAAGAGGUGGAAUCAAGUGACAGUGAGGGGGAGAGAGAAGAGAGAGAAGAUGAGGACGAGGCUGAGGAAGAGGGGGAGGAAGAGGAAGAAGAAGAAGACGAAUCAGAGGAGGAGGUCUUAUCGAGGCAUUCUCUGAGGGCUCGGAGAGGACCAGCUGGCAAGAGGCGAUCGGGUCGGCUGCAGAAGAAGUCAAACCAUCGCCAGCAGCAGGGCGGGAAGGCCACCAGACAAAAGGCCAAGAAACCACCUACGAAGCCGGUGACCAAGGCGAGGAAGAGACUGAACAUGGAGCAGCAGAGGGGUCCAGUCCCCAGUUCACGUGCUGAGUCUGUGGUGUCGGCCAUCAUUGAGCUGCGGUGCUCGCGGGGAGGCCGGGUAGGAGGGGGAGGGGUGGUGAGCAGGGAGCAGAGGGGACUGGAGAUGCAGCUGUGCGAGGCUCUCUGGGAGGAGGUCAACGACCAAGACUGCAGCUGGCCAUUUGCCGAGCCUGUCAAGAAGAAAGAGUAUCCAGACUACCAGGACGUGGUGGAUGAACCAAUAGACCUGAAGACCAUCCGCAGCAGGAUCAAGAGAGGAGAGUACGCUGGACUGGACAGUCUGGUGGCAGAUAUGAACCUUCUCUUCUCCAACUGCCAGCAGUUUCACCGCAAACACUCUGAGAUUGGAAGAGCUGGUGUGGCACUCAAGAAGUUCUUUGACAAGAGGUGCAGUGACUUGGGGCUGAAGGAUCUGCAGCUGAUAGCUGGAGCCCCCUCAAGAGCCAGGCUUAGGUCCUCCAGCAGGACCAAGUAA